AUGGAGUUCGAUGGAAGGUGGGGAAUGGGCUCGGAAGUUACGGGCCGCCUGGAAAUGGCCAUAGGAAGAACACAUGAAGUCGAUGUUCGAAAUAGCGACAACCUUUUGAUUGGUACCGCAGUGGCCCUUUGGUUGGGUCUUGGUGCAACAUUACCUAUUGAGAAAUCCUUCACUUUAGAUCAGAACAUUCUUAGGAACGAACAAGACAGCGCCUCAGCUCAGAUCAUAAUUUCUUUAUUGAGAGGUAUCCAAGACCUAUACGAAGGUUACGAAGCCAGUCAAGCCAAACUAGAGGGCGACUCAAAUCCGCCUUCUUUCUUGUUCAUCAAGGCGUCCCCAGCGAGGAAGACUACGCCUUAUGACGAAAGGGGGAGCCUAAUAUAA